AUGAAUCUUCAGCAAGAACACCAAGAUUAUUGUGAAGUAUGUCAACAAGGAGGUGAAAUAAUCCUUUGUGACACUUGCCCACGUGCUUACCACUUGGUGUGUUAUGAUCAAGACUUGGAAGAACCCCCAGAAGGAUUCUGGUCUUGUCCACAUUGCGAGCAAAACGGGCCUCCUUCAAGAGAUGAGGCAGCAGCAGAUGCGACUCCAGGAAAUAUGGAUACUUGUAGAGUUUGUUCUGAACGCGAUUUUCUGUUGACUUGUGAGCGCUGCCCGAGCUCAUACCAUGCUUAUUGUUUGUCACCUCCACUAAAAGAAUUGCCAAAUGAGCAUGAAGAUUGGAUAUGUCCACGUUGCCAGUGUGUUGAACCAAAAAAUCGUCCUGAAAAAUUGCUGAGUUGGCGUUGGAUUGAAUAUGCCUACCCAGAACCUUUACCCGAAGAAUAUCGCCUUAAAGAAGGAGAAAAUGCUGUGAAUAUUGACGAUCCUGAACGACGAAAGAUUAGUUUCUUAAGACCUCAAAAAGAGAUGAAGCCUCGUCGAGAGCGCGAAUUUUUCGUCAAAUGGAAAUAUAUGAGCUACUGGUAUUUUGAUAUUUUAAAUUAUUUGUAA